AUGGAGAUCGCGGUGACGGAUAUGUGCAAAGUAUCAAUAUCCAUUGGCCGUUACUAUGUAAGUGAAAUUCUAUGUGACGUUGUAGACAUGGAUGUUUUCCAUUUGAUACUUGGGAGACCUUGGCAAUUUGAUGUUGAGGCAAUCUAUGAUUGUCGAGCAAACACUUACGCCUUUGAUUGGAAGGGUAAGAAGUUGAGAUUGUUGCCUCGUUCCCCAGACCAGGAAAAUAACUCAUCAAAUGGUAAAACAGCCUUGUUUUCUGUUACCCGAAAGGCUUUGCUUAAUGCCUGGAAGGACACGGAUUGCAUCAUGACAUUGGUAGUCACGGAGCAGAACGCCACCACGGGGUCACAUGCCUUGCCAAGUUGUAUCAGCCAACUGUUACAACAAUUUGAAGACAUUGCACCGCCUGAGUUGCUGGCCGAGCUACCGCCAGUUAGAACAAUUCAACACGAGAUUGAAUUAACUCCUGGAGCGACAUUGCCAAACUUACGGCACUACUGA